AUUAACACCAACAUGUGGCCCCAAGAGCAAACCUGGGAAUUUGUAGGACCCAGCAGCCCUCCCAGCCCCCGGCUUCACCUGUUCGCAUGCACAUUUCUUCCCCUUCUCCCCCACUUGGGAUUGCCUUCUAUCACCCCAUGAUAAUGCCCAGAACCCUCACGCCUCUAACAAUGCUCUCGUACGCGGGCUGCAACUUGCUGAUCCUCUCCGUGUCCCUCGCCGGUGCCUCCCUGGCCGAGAUGGUGUUCCGCUGCCCGGGCUGCACCGCGGAGCGUCAGGCGCUGUGCCCGAAGCUCACCGAGGCUUGCGCGGAAAUCGUGCGCGAACCUGGCUGCGGGUGCUGCCCCGUGUGCGCCCGGCAAGAGGGCGAGAUGUGCGGCGUGUACACCCCGAGGUGCUCCACGGGUCUGCGGUGCUACCCCACGCCCGACUCGGAGCUUCCCCUGGAGCAACUGGUGCAGGGCCAGGGCCAGUGCCGGCGCAAAGUGGACACCGAGACCAGCACCCUCAGCCAGGAGCAGCGCGAGCAAACCAGCGGGGAGGCCGUGGAGCCGCUUCCCGACCAGGGUGUGAGCGAGAUCCCGGCCAUCCGGAAGCCCACCAAAGAGAGCACGUGGCUCGGGCCCAAGGAGAGCGCCGUACGUCAGCACAGGCAGGAGAUGAAGACCAAGAUGAAGACCAACAAGGUGGAGGAGGUGAAACCGGCACGGCCCAUACAGACUCAGUGUCAGCAGGAGCUGGACCAGAUCCUGGAGAGGAUAUCCAAGAUGCCCUUCAGAGAUAACAGGGGUCCACUGGAAGACCUGUACGCCCUGCACAUCCCCAACUGCGACAAGAGGGGGCAGUAUAACCUCAAACAGUGCAAGAUGUCUCUCCACGGUCAGAGAGGCGAGUGCUGGUGUGUCAACCCUCACACAGGCCGACCCAUCCCAGCAGCUCCCACUGUGAGGGGCGACCCCAACUGCAGCCAGUACCUCAGAGACCAGGAGCUGGAGCUCCCUGACAUGGCCCAGAUAUAGUGUGGCGUUUAAAAACCAAAUGAAAAAAAAAACUGUAAAGUCCUUGGGAACAAAACAUCUGAGUAAGCUAUAUAUUAUCUUUCAGUGUGUAUGCGUCUCUAGUUUACAUGAUGACAGUGACAUGUGAAAUCUUCGCCACCAGAGAGGAUAACAUGGUAGAAUCCAGCUUGCUGCGUAGGACGUAACUGCAGAUUAUUCUUAGGAGGAGGAAAGAUAAGACUCGUAGAUGUCAGCUGAAGUGUCGGUGACUUUGCUUUACUAAUUGUGACUCUGCUCAGAUUUGCUCUGUUAUCAGUGUUUUGUACUGUAUGUGUUAAAAAAGGAAGAGCCUUUAACAUAUUUGAUGUUUUUAGGAGUUUUUUUGUGUCCUAGCUCGCAGACUACUGUUACUCAACAUUAACAGAUAAUGCUAUUAAAAUGGUGACAAACUCAA